AUGUCCCAAAGCUCCUCUAAGACGAUAAUCAUGAGGAUAAAAACAUCAGACAAUGGUAAUAUCGCCGUAUAUAACAACCAAGAUUUGCUGUCGCGUAGGAAUUCCGACAACAGGAGUUGGUUGUCGGUGAACAGUGCACAAACCAAUUUACGUGACCAUACUACGGAUUACUCCAAAGUUACGAAUUGUAACACAGUAUACAACUCUCAAAGGAAGACAGACACGUUUGAGAAUUACUCUACUACUUCGGAAGUGGGUGCAGACAGUGGAGGCUUGAUUGUAAGCCCUGAACUUGUAUGCAACCAGCAGUACCGCAUUAACAACAGACACGUGAACAGUGUACAGACGUGCGAUAAUACCACCACGGACAUACUGGAGGAAAGCACAGACACCGUCCGCGCCCCUUGUACAGGUUACACAAAAAAUAACACCAAUGAUAAGAUCACAGAUGCUUUUCUAUCGGAUGGAAAAGAUGAAAUCAAUAUUAAUGACUAUAAUACUGAAAAAUUGAGCCUUAACGUGGAAAAUACUAUCAAGCAACUCAGUACUGAGUUGAGAAAGAUAAUUCCCAAACUAGAUGAAAUGCGUGAGCGCGAUAGAUUAUGGGCCGAAAGCAAAAAAGAAACAGUUAUAAUCGAUGGAAACUCAAAUGAAGUAGCACACACGUCGAAAGGGUACAGUUUAAUGAAUAAAAGUGUUCAUUCGCAAGGUAAAUCGGAUCCUAGUCAAACUAUGAGGCUCACUGAUAAUCAUUUAAGUGUCAGAAACAAUUCUAUAAGGUCACCUGUUGAACCCAAGGCGGCCAGAGAUAAACAAAGAGAAAUAACUACAAGCAAAAACUCUUACCGCACUGCUCAAAGUAAAACAUCCGUCCGUAAAAAUGAUAACUCAAAAGAUGUAGAUUUGGGGAGUUUUGAUGUUUACAACAUUGAAACAGCUUUACCUAAGUUAGAUUUGGAUGCCAUCGAGAACCAUUUGAAAGCCGCAAAAGAAGCAGAAAGACGGAAACGCAAUGAUAGAGAGGAGAUCAGGAGACGGCUGGCAAUGGGAGCAGAUGCUGAGGAGUUCUACAGUAUGGGACACACAGACCGGCCAGGAAAGAAACCAAGCCUGCAUUCACGACUUCAAAGUGGGAUGAACCUACAAAUAUGUUUCAUGAAUGAGACCGCAUCUGAUAAUGAAUCUCAAGCAUCAGAUUUUGAAAAGAAUUAUAAUAACACAAAGAGUUUGUCUCGAUCAAGUUUAUUUAGUAAGUCAAGUUACAACCAUCCGUACCAAACGAGACCUUUGUCAGUCAAUAUCACAAAACAUGACAAAAUAAGCACAGUGCAGAGUGGAGCAAAAUUGCGACCAUCAUCCCUUUCAUUAAAGACAAAGUCUAGGUCAUCACACUCUUUGGGCCAUAUUGAGAUAAAGGAGUCUGAUUUCUAUGUACUGCAAGCAACCUUACAGACUGAGGCCAGGAUCGCACUGGCGCAGGCAAAAGAAAUGGCUCGCAUACAAAUGGAGCGUGAAAGGCGUAGUAGGGCGGUAUCGCCCGUGACAGAAAUGCUCCGGCGCAGCAUGGAGAAGGCCAACGCUCCGUUGGCCCCCGACAGGCGCCGAGUGUCGCGUCAACUACUCACCGACAUGAACAUAGCUCAGUUACAGGUGAUUGUGAACGAGCUGCACUCUCAGAUCGAGUCACUGAAUGACACGCUUGUCAAGAUGUUGAUGGCUCGGGAUGAACUGCACAUGGGUCAGGACUCCAUGCUCGUCGACAUUGAGGACUUAACGCGCUACUUGGGUGUCAAGGAGCAGACUAAAAAAACCAAAGGCACUACUAAACCGGCUAUGAGGAGGCUCACAUCUUUAGUGCACAAAUAAGUACACAAUAUCUUAUCGUUAGGCUUAUUAUAACUGCGAUCUAUCUAUUUAGUAAAUACACAGGUGGUCACCGAGACAUGUCUAGCAGUGCGAGAGAUGGAUAUACCCUUAAAAUGACUUUUCAAACCUCAAAUACUCGUAUGGAAACAGAAAGGGGCAACGAUUCUAUAUGCAUGUGUCUUUGUUUAUACACCAUGCAUUUGUCACAUGUUAAGAAAGUUCACACUAAAUUGUAGGAGUAAAAACACUGUGUAUAGAGCUGUUGUACUGAUUACGCUUAAAAGUCUUAGUACAGUUGCCAGCGUAUCAAUGUACACCUUUCUGUCCAACUUUUUUUUAUUUGAUUUUUAACUUUAUCCUUUAGGUAUAAAAUUGAAAAUCCAAUAAAAAAUAAUACAGAAGUACGUUGACACGCUAGCCAAUGUAGUAAGGUAAUGGUUUUAUGAUCUAAAUAGCUAAUUUCCAUAUUAUACCAGUGAAUACGAGUAUUGAAGUUCAUGCUUGUAUAUCUAUCUCCGUACUGUAUUCCUAUAUAAAAUUCUACAUUGUCGUACAAUUUACGUGACAGCAUAGCAAAAUGUUCAAGGUCGCGGCUGGAGCCGUAGCGAAUUUAGUGUGGCAACUGUAAUGUUACAACAUUGAGAUAAAACUGAGUUUUAUAUUUUAGUAACGGAUACACUUGAUUUCAUUUACUAGUCUUCUAGUACAAAUUAAAUGGAAAAGGUUUUAGUUCAUAUUUUAGAAGGCCUUUCUGGUAACUAUAAUUAAUACAUUUUAGUGCGACAGUAAUAUAUUCCCAUUCCACAACUUUGAACUUACAAUGGGACAUGUAGUUACACAUGUAAAAACUCAAUAUAUAAAAUUACAUAAGCUCUGAGUGUAAUCUGGGUAAAGAUGUCCUAUGUCCAGAACAUAUUGACUUAUUAGAAUACUAGCUGUCAAUAAAUGUAUUCAAUUACAAUACACAUUGAAGCUUACGUUACAAUUCGUCAGACGACAGUGUUUGACAUUACAGUCGCCAGAGCAACGCCGCGACCCAAUUGUUUACAUGACACUACAACCGAUGUUAGCGCAUUAUAUGUAUAUACUGAUUCUUGUUAGCAAUCCCUGUCGGUUACCCUUAUUAUAAUAAAUGUGUAUAUCAGAUUAACUGUAUAUUCUAAUACAUGUCCGCUUUAAAUAGAUACAUACUUGUUAACCCACCUAAAUAUUAUAUAUUUUACAAUAAUUCGCAGAUUAGAUAAAUAUUUUUUUCAAAAUAGUGCUCAUUGUUAUUUAUCGAUAAUGAAUCUAUGCCUUUGGUAUGAGGAGGCUAUUGUGGCGGUAUUGUUAUGCUUGAUUUGUUACUACUAUUAUUAAUUAGGUAUAUUCACAAACAUAGGGAGUAUACAUUCAGUUUAGUCAAUGUUGUACGUUUUUUAAAAAAGUGCAGAACAUAAACUGUGUACAAUUGAAAUUUAUAAAAAAUACAAUUUAUAUUUGACUGGGUGUAUACUCGUAGCCCUAUAGGCUGUCUUCAAAUCGGUCUUCACUUGCUUACCGAUAUCUGACCCAAAAUCCAGCCUAUGGGGCUAAAAACUUAACUAUAUUUAUAUUAAAACCUGCAUGGUUUGAAUUUAUCUGUAUACGAUCUAAAACUAUAAAAAGCAUUGCAAAAUUUUGUAACUGGCAAGUUUUAUAAAAGCACAUUCAUGUAUGUAUGUGUGUAUUACUUUAAAAUGCAAUAAGUGAAAAAGUGGUUUAUACAUACACCGCAUUUUAUCUCGUCGAAGGCAUAGAUAAUUAUAUUUUGAAAACUAGUAUACUCACAGUAUAUACAGGUAGGCAUGUAGAGAUGCACAUGCCGUCGAUCAUGUCCAGUGAUCUUAUCGGAGGCUUGUAAUGAAUGUAGUUUACAUACUAAAUAACUAACGGAAUGCAAAUCGGCCGCUACCUGCGAUUAUCUCGUCAAUACACUCAUAAUUUACUACCUAACAAAUAGACAACCUCUUUCGUAUUCAAUAUCAACUCGUUAUCAAAAGUAAUAUUUUAUAUAUUAAUUGUGUGUCAUAGUUGUUUAAUAUCAUAUUCAAUUACUUUAUAUAUAAUAUCUAAUAAAAAUGUAAAUAAAUUCAACAUAAUACGUGUUAUUAUAUACAUCUGUCAGUAUUAUACUUAUGAUCACAAUGUAAGUCCAAAUAAUUAUACCAAUGUUAGGUAGUACUCUCCACGUUUGCAUUCCAAAGAUCUUCUCUUAAGUGGUUAUUUGUUGUGUAAUUAUAACUAUCAAACUAUAUACAUAUAUCAGCAAAUAGAAAUUAAUAUUUCUUGCCUUAUCAAAAUAAUUUAAUCUCGCUAAGCUCUAAGCAAUUCGUCGGUGAUACAUAAACACUUAUUCUAUUUACAAUAAUUUACAAUGUUAAUUAGUUAUGUACUUGCUUGUAUCGUUAUAACUCUGAGUAAAUUAUGAUCCUAAAGUUGAACAGAUGCGACAUUUUGCAUGCGCAAACACUUGACAGCGCUUGUUAGUUGCGCAACGUUUGCGCA